AUGCAGCGGAGAGACAUGAUCGAGGUGUUGGACGAAGAGCUUCAGGAGGGGUUCGUUCAAGCGGUACAGGGAUUGUCAGAAGCGAAUUCGGUUCACUUUGGACAGCAUUCCGUGAAAAAGGUUCAAAUUCGGGUCACGCAUACUUCUUCGCUGGAUGAUUACAUGCUGCAGAGAUGCAUAACGUUUCUGAAAACGUUCGGUUAUGACAGGAUCAUACAAGAAGAAAAAACCGCUCCUCUAUUUGAUAACGACGAAGGCGAAGUGUCUAAGGAGCACACCGAGGAAGUCUUCUGA